AUGAAAAGCCGCAAACCCCAGACCUCCCAACCCACAGAACAAAAUCAAACACCUAAACCAAACACCAUCUCCGAGCCCCCGGCCCCACCAUUCCGCAGUGUUUCCGCCUGCAACAGAUGCCGCCUCCGCAAACACCGCUGCGAUCAACGACUCCCUCGAUGUGAGUCAUGUGAAAAAGCUCAAGUUCGCUGCGUGGGCUACGACCCUCUCACCAAGCAAGAGGUUCCCCGCAGCUAUGUGGCCUUCCUGGAAAGUCGCAUCAACUAUCUCAACCAGGUCCUGAUCGACCACGGCAUUGGAUUCAAGCCUGCUAUCGCCUACGACGAGGAAGAGGCGCUGAAGAUGGAGGCUGGUCAAUCGCCGCGGUUUGAAUCUCGUGGGCUUAGAGAUACGAGAGAACCGCCAGAGCAGACGCAGAUCGGGAUGGGGGCGCGGACGUCGCGUAAGAGGAAAUCGCAGUAUUCCGAUGACACCAUCCCAACAAGACAGGUCAAGCGCUUGGCGCAGUUGAAUGUCCUUCUUACAGAGUUGUUGACGGAUGGAUGUGACCAUCGUCAAUGUUCCCGCGACCCGGGGAGGGGCUAUGUGCGUGCUGAUCGUAGGCAUCGCGUGCAGGAGGACUCUCUCGAACAGAGACUACCGUGGUCCCCGCGGAGUUUUGAUUCGAUAGAUCACAGUGAUAGCCGUGCGACUAGGUCUGAGUCGCCGGUGUCAUCACAUGAGCCAUAUCGAUAUCCCAGAACGACUCCUGGGCGCGGUUCGUCUCUGCGUGCCAGGACGACCCUGGAACCAGAUCAUGGGCGCGAAGUACAUGACGCAAAGAGACUGUCCGGGAUCGAGCUCGAUCCGGUAGAACUCGACUCUGGGACACACGACACUAAGCCUGGGAAAACGGGAAAUACCAAUGACGUUCGACAUCCGAAUGUUCCAAGUCGUGGUUCGUCGCCAGAAAAGGAUGAUCGUUCUAGUUCCGAGCCCAAAUUUGAUAUUGCUGCGGAUCUUCUUCGGGGGCGGAGGGAGAGGGAGAGGGCUAAUUUUGAUUUGUUGGAUGAGUUCCUUGUUGAUUGGGCCGAUUGA